AUGGGUGAUGUUGCGCCAGAAGUCGAGAUAUCACAGUACACUAAGGAUAAGGCGAGUUGCACAAGAAUUUCAAUUGAAUCCUACUACUCGAAACGUGUCACACAAUGCGCCGAACGCGAGAAUCGUUUGAAAAAGUUGGAGGAGGAUAUGUCUGCGAGAGGACUCAGCGAUGACGAGAAAGACGAGAAACGCAAAAUUCAUCAUUCCAAGGAAACCGACUACCUCCGUCUUAAACGAACUCGUCUGACGGUUAACGACUUUGAAAGUCUUAAAGUGAUUGGUAGAGGAGCGUUCGGAGAGGUGCGACUCGUUCAAAAACACGAUACCGGACAUAUCUAUGCGAUGAAAAUUCUUCGCAAGAGUGAAAUGGUUGAGAAGGAGCAAACGGCUCAUGUUCGUGCCGAGAGAGACAUAUUGUCGGAAGCUGACUGUGAUUGGGUCGUGAAGAUGUACUACUCGUUCCAGGACUACUCGAAUCUAUACUUGGUCAUGGAGUUCUUGCCCGGAGGUGAUAUGAUGACUCUACUCAUAAAGAAAGACACCCUCACCGAGGAAGCCACUCAGUUCUACGUCGCCGAAGCCGCGCUUGCCAUCCAAUUCAUUCAUAAUCUCGGAUUCAUACAUCGCGACAUCAAACCGGACAACCUCCUCCUAGAUGCAAGAGGUCAUGUCAAACUGUCGGACUUUGGAUUGUGCACUGGACUUAAGAAAUUCCAUCGCACCGAUCAUUAUCGCAACUGGCCGGUAACACUUCCACCGGAUUUCAUCUCGAAACCGUUCGAAUCGAAGAGAAAAGCGGAAACUUGGAAGAGAAAUCGCCGUGCAUACGCCUACUCUACCGUUGGUACUCCCGAUUAUAUUGCACCCGAAGUCUUCCAGCCAAAUGGAUACACUAAGAGUUGUGACUGGUGGAGUCUUGGUGUGAUAAUGUAUGAGAUGCUUAUUGGAUAUCCUCCAUUCUGCUCUGAACUUCCACAAGAAACCUAUCGGAAAGUGAUCAACUGGCAACAAACCCUCGUCUUCCCAUCAGAUGUUCCAAUUAGCAUAGAAGCCAAAGCGACCAUCAAAAGAUUCUGCUGCGAAGCCGAACGCCGUCUUGGCAAUCAUGGAGGACUCGACGAGAUCAAGCAGUGUCCAUUCUUCCGCCGAAUCGAUUGGAAUCAUAUCAGAGAGCGUCCACCACCGAUUCGCGUCACUGUGAAGAGCAUCGAUGACACAUCGAAUUUCGACGAUUUCCCGGAUGAGGACUUAUCUUGGCCAACAUCGACACUGAUCCGUCCUGAAGAGCAGCCUGGCCGGCGUGGAGAGUUCGUUGAUUUCACCUACAAACGCUUCGAUGGUUUGACACAGAAGAUGCGGUAUAGCGACUUGAAGAAGCAAGCUAAGAAGAACAAGAAAGGACAAGGAAGUUCCGACUAA